GAAAGACGAAGCCGACGAAGCUAUAAAAGGACAUAGAUAUCAUACUAAAAGGAGGUUCAAAAACACGCGAUGAAAAUAGUUUACACAGCCUAGCUUCACUAGAGAAUAGCCAUAGAGAGAACAGCACCAAACGGAUCAUAACAAUUCUCUAGAUCAAGAGAGUUCAGUUCAGAACUCUGGCAACGCUGUCCAAAACGUCGAACUUUUCAAACUGUUUCCUGUUUCGCCGACUCGCCGACCAGUCGUACUUCGAAUUUCGACAAAGUUCGCGACAUUACCAACAUUACUGCUGACGCUGCCGCCGCUGCUUCCACCACUGCCACUGCUGCUGCCGCCAGCUGAGUGUGUUUUCGGUGAUGUGCGGUCCGUGCCGGUGCGACCGCGAGAACUGACUAGCGCGGUUUAACAGCGAGUCAACGAGUCUGUUUUCUUUAGAAAAACGAUGGCGUUCAUGGACUCUCCGAGUUCGGAAAGGUUUUCACUGCUGCUCCUAGAACCCGGGGAGAUCUACUUCAAAGACUACAGCGUCUACCUUUACCCUGACAACGUGUCCGAGGCCGAAGCUCGCAGGCGCUGCCAGAAAGGAAGGCUGAAGAUAUGCUCAAAGUCGCUGCUCUUUGUUCCCGAGGAUGUUAACCAACCUAUCCUCAAGUUUCCCCUGAACGAGUCAAGCAUCGUGGAAAGAUGGACGGGCCCGCUGAUGUCCAAGCUGUACAGCAAGAACAGCGUCAUGAGCCUCAAGAACGACCAGGUGGUGGAGAUGCUGGAAGGGAACUUCAUCCGGCCUUACGUCUUCAAGAGGAAACGGGUCGCCUACCUGUUCUCCCUGACCUACGGCAGCAUCGAGGAGUGCUGCAGGCACAUAUCCCAGCUGACGAGGGCCUCUACGUUGUCUGCUGCCGAACAUGACGUCAUGGUGGCAGCCAUGGUCCUCUCCUGGCAGUCUAGAAUCACCUUUGACAGAAGUUGCCUGGAGGACCUGACGGAGGAGAUUGUGCUCGAGACGAAGGCGAGCAAGAUCACGCCCCUGGUGACCAACCCGGGCCUGGUGCUGCUCACCUCCCUCAGGCUCUACUUCCAGCCGUUCAACAACGUCGAGCCGUGGCCCCACCUGAAGAUCAACCUGUGCGAGGUGCAGCGGGUGAUCCGACGGAGGUUCCUGCUCAGGCCAGUGGGUCUGGAGUUGUACUGUUCGGAGAGCGCCCUGCUCAAGCACCUGUUCCUCUCCUUCAAGACGAGGGAAGACAGGGACCGGGUGUACGACCUACUCAUGAGGCAGCCAGCACUGCAGCUGGACGACAAGGGGCAGGAGAACAUGACCCUGAUGUGGCAGAAUGGCCUCGUCUCCAACUAUGAUUACCUGCUCUACAUCAACAGCUUGGCCGACCGAAGUUUCAACGAUCUCACGCAGUACCCGGUAUUCCCCUGGGUCAUUGGGGACUACUCAAGUAAUACGCUCGACUUGACAAAGGAUAGCAGCUACCGCGACCUGUCCCGCCCUCUGGGGGCGUUGAGCGAGCUGCGACUCAAGAAACUCAAGGACCGGUAUGCAGAGAUGGGUGAACCCAAGUUCCUCUAUGGGUCACACUACUCCACACCGGGCUUCGUCCUCUACUACCUUGUCCGCAAAAUGCCUCAGUACAUGCUCUGCCUACAGAAUGGACAUUUUGAUCGCCCGGACAGGAUGUUCAACAGCAUUCCGGACACGUGGAGGAACGUGACGACGGACGCGGCAGACUUCAAGGAGCUCAUUCCGGAGUUCUACGACACGGCCUCCAAGGGCGACUUCCUGAUCAACUUUCUGAACCUGGACUUUGGACGGAAGCAAACGGGUGAGGCGGUGGGUGACGUGGAGCUGCCACCUUGGGCGAAGGACCCUGCGCAUUUCAUCCACACCUGCCGAGAGGCCCUGGAGUCUAAUUUCGUCUCCGAAAACCUGCACAACUGGAUUGACCUGGUGUUCGGCUACAAGCAGACCGGAGAAGAGGCCGUCAAGGCCGACAAUGUCUUCUUCCACCUGACAUACGAAGGCAGCAUUGACUUGGACCACAUCACGGACAUCCACGAGCGCCACUCCCUGGAGGUGCAGAUCAUGGAGUUUGGCCAGACACCCCGCUGCAUCUUCAGCAAGCCCCACCCGCAGAGGUUUUGCACCAUCCUCCCGCGGUCGCUGAGCAUGAACGACGACACCUCGGUUGAGGCGGCAGACGCGGAGAACGCUGUGACAGAGGGCGCCAGGCACCCGCGGUCCUCGAGCCUUGUCUUCACUUGGCAGAGGGACAUGGCACAGUUGAGCAAGGUGGCGGAGCACAGCCUGCACAAGGAGACUGUCACAGAUGUAUGUUUUUCAAGGGACAAGAAGAGUGUCUUUUCUGUUUCACAAGACAGACUGCUCAAGCUGUACUCUUUAGAGCUCAAGCAACAGAUACGAAGCACGAGCAUCUCUCAGAUGGCUCUUUCGUCAUGCAUCCUGAUGAACGACCAGACCGUCGUGGUCUCCUCGUGGGAUAACUAUGUCUAUGUCUACAACAUGGAAUAUGGGCGUGUCACUGAAUCCAUCAUGGCUCACAAUGAUGCAGUGUCUCAUCUAUGUUGGAAGAAUGGGGUGCUGGCAACCGCUUCCUGGGACUGUGUUGCGAAGGUGUGGGGCAUGGGCAACGGUCGAGGCCACUCUCAGCUGCUGGCGGAGCUGGAGCACGAGGCGGGCGUGAUGUGCGUGUCCCUGGACGAGGAGGCCAGCCGCCUGGCGUCGGGCACCGUCGAGGGCUGCGUCAGCGUCUGGCACCUGGGCGACCUGCCCGUCUGCCUGGGACAGUUCCAGGUUCAUGACGGCUCUGUGUCUGGAGUGUCCUUCAGUCCCGAUGGCAACAGGGUGGCGUCGUGCAGCGAGGACGAGACGCUCAAGGUGGUGGACGUCCGCACGGGGACGGUACUCUUCAGCAAGGGCGCCGGCGAGCCUCUCCGCUCCCUGUGCUGGGACGGUGCCACGGUGCUGACCGGGUGCAGGUCGGGUUGCCUGCUCGUCUGGGACCUGCUUGGAGGACACGCCCCCCGCAGGCACACCGCACACUCCGGAGCCUUGACCUGCGUCGCCACGAUGGACGACGGAAGCCUCGUCGCCACGGGCGGAGAAGACGGGAAAGUGAUGGUGUGGCACCCGCCGGAGGCGUGACGGAUGCCCUCCCCACCGUGUCCGUCGCCGCUCGUGUCGUGCAAAGGGACCGUCGUGUACAGCCCUUGGGUACUUACCGUCCAUGCGAGUUGCCAAGAUCCCCCGUGCCAAACCAACCAAACUUUGUGGAAAACUUCACGACAGUGCUGGGUUUGGACGUAUGCGACGACGGAGGUCCCGAAAGAAACGGUACUCCUCGAGGGAAGAACUUCACAGUUAAUAUGUGGCCAAGUUCGGAUAUUUCUUCCGGGAGAAUUUUUUUUAGUAUCUUAUAAUGCCCGAAGCGACACAUUUUCACUCCCGCAAGUGGGCAGUCGGCAAUUCUCGUCAACUAUGCCGUGUACGCGAGACGGUUGUUUUAAAGGAAGAGUAACCUGGCAUUGUGGUCGUGCAACAUGAAGCAAGAGGCUCCAGCGUGCCCAGUUCUUUCUGCAUUCCUCCCGAGAUUUUUGAAGUCGACACUAAUGUCGAGCAUUCUUGAUUCUAAAGUAUGGUUAGGUAAAGGGGACAGGUACCGCGAUUAUUUGCUCGGAGAAAAAGUUUUAAUAGAAAAUAAUCUACUUUUAUAUUUAUUUUUUUAACUUUUAAGUGGGAUAAGGAGUGCCUAAUGGGAACCCCUAAGUGAGAAUGAAACCUGCGCACAUAGGCAGUCCGAUUCCAGGUGUAACAAAUUGUAUGUUUGGAGGCUCACCACAUUGUGCUCGGUCCUUCCGAAGAGCUUGGAUCCAGAUUCUGAAAGGUAGCAUUUAUUUGCUAGAUCAUGCAGAAGGUGGACAAAUGCUCUGUUCUUUAGCGGUGUACCCUUUUUUUUAUUUGUCUACCUUUAACACAAAUCAUUCCGGGAGGUACAAACGUGAAAGCAGACACUUCGGUGAGAGCUCUGACAAUUCUCCCAAUCAAAAGACAAAAGGAGAAUUCAUUUGUUUUGUGUUGCUGUUUGCAAGGUAUUUUUCUCAAUCAAUCGUGCCACGACGUUUGUUUGCACCCGAUUUGUCCUGUACUUUUCUCGCAACCGAGCAACAAACUUUUUUUUGUCGUCUUUGCACCACGCAUCGACUACGUUCGGCGAUGUUUUUGUUUAUGCACGCGCCACAAACCAGCAUGAAUGGUGCAGAGCUUAUGCCAGAGGUAGUAGAGCAUUCCAGGAGCACCCCAUCAAUAUUAAAGCCCGUUGAGUUUCAUCACCACGGACUGCUUUCUAGCCCUCGAAAUGCCAAUACCUCUCGCUCAGCCACGUUGAUUGAAUACACGAGGAAUGCAGUCAAUACUUAGUUUAAAACUGUGUCGUACCAUCCAUAAAAGUGAAUAUGCAGCCCAAA